GAUUUUCUGUUGUUGCGUCAUCGGCGGAGACGCGCAGCGCGCCCCGUGAGAGCGAGCGCUCAGUGAUGGAUCAGAUCAGCGCAGCGGGCGUCGCUUAUAAUCAGGAUUUAACGCACAAGACCAUCCUGGUGGGAGACAGUGGAGUGGGAAAGACUUCUCUACUGGUUCAGUUUGAUCAAGGGAAAUUCAUCCCUGGAUCUUUUUCUGCCACAGUGGGAAUCGGAUUUACGAAUAAAGUUCUUACAGUGGACGAGCUGAAGGUGAAAUUACAGAUCUGGGACACGGCAGGACAGGAGAGAUUUCGCAGCGUCACACAUGCAUAUUACAGAGACGCUCAGGCGCUUCUCCUGCUCUAUGACAUCACCAGCAAAUCAUCCUUUGACAACACAAGGGCGUGGCUUACUGAGAUCCAUGAAUAUGCUCAGGACGAUGUGGUCAUCAUGUUGCUUGGAAACAAGUCGGACAUGUCCAGCUCCAGAGUGAUCCGACGUGAAGACGGAGAGAAGCUCGCCAGAGAGUAUGGAGUCAUUUUCCUGGAGACCAGUGCCAAGACCGGACUCAACGUCGACGAGGCCUUUAUGACUGUGGCAAAGGAGCUGGUGAGACACUCGGUCCAGCUGCCCGUCGAGCCCAGAUUUCACCUUCAUGACGUGAUGGAGCCGGAGAGAGAGACGACAGGCUGCUGCGGGUUCAACUAGAACCCAGAGAAAAGAGAUCCGAGAUCUUCACCGUACUGAAGUGGGCAGAGGGAUGCCACCAGAUGGUGCUGUAGAGCACGGUGACCUUCAAAGAUUGUGUCUGUAAAACAUCACAAUCACAAUGAAGAACUGUAUUGGAGCUUGAUUUAUUUUUCCAUAUAUCCAUGAUGUUGUACAAAGUAAGUUUUAAACGACCCAUUAAAAACACAGUCUGUGUCCGAAAGUAGUUUGUCAUAUUAUGCUCUUUCUCAAAGUACUAGAACAAGCUUUCCUGCUUGAUUGUUGAUUAUUUUCCUCAUAUUCUCCAUUGUUCAGCUCCUCUCUUCCCAGUCUGUCAGUAACGCUCUGUUUAGUUCCUGUCUCUAUGAAGCCCCUCCUUCUGAAAAGCACACUGUGCUCUGAUUGGUCGGCUGGAGCAGUGUGUUGUGAUUGGUGUUUGGGAAAUGUCCCGCCCCUUACCAUAACCGCCAGUUUCAACACACUACUAACUAACUCAACCAGGCCCCGCCCCUUUAUUCUGCGUAUGAAUUAUUUAAAUGAGAAAUAUUACAUGAGGAAUAGAUCAAGCUAGUGUUUAAUAUCCAUAUAUCGUCAGUGAGCGUUUCUCUGUGCCUGUUUACAUGAUGCUGAAGAACAGCAGGUGUUUGUUUCUUCUUUAACACCUUCCUGGAUUUUCUUAUGCUGCAUUUGAAUAUCAGGAUCUAAACUGAGAAUAUUAUGCACAAAUUAAAUAUUGCCAAUCUCUGAGCAUAUAUGACAGAAAAUAUGCAUUUUUCCUGCUUUGCUGUACAAUGAUUGAAUUAAGCAGAAUUUCUGUUUGCAUUGAAGUGAUAUUAUUAAUUAAUAACAAAGUUCUACAUAUUUAAGAGAAUAUGCAUUUGUGCCUGUUUGUGAUGAUGUGUCUCUGCCUGUGUUUAUAUCAAAAACAGAUUUUAUUAUGAAAUGAUGAAACACUAUUUUGUAUUGCAUCUGUUUUGCUGAAAUCGAAACACUUUGCACAAUUUUGUGUCAAAUGUCCUCAGGUCUUUUCCUGUGUUUUGACUAUGUGAGAUGCUUUAUAAAAGGCCGGGUGUGUAACUCUAUUCCUCACGGAUGUGUUUUGUUAUAAAAGAAUGUUUUAUAAA